AAUACAUGAACUGCUCCUUUAAGGAAUCACGUUGUCGUUACGUCAGGGGAACAGCGAAAGAACAAAAUGGAGGAGUACGCCAGAGAACCAUGCCCCUGGAGGAUUGUGGACGACUGUGGGGGAGCUUUCACCAUGGGAGCUAUUGGAGGAGGAAUAUUUCAGGCGGUUAAAGGCUUCAGAAAUGCACCCUCGGGGAUGAGCCACAGAAUGAAGGGUAGCAUGACAGCCAUCAAGACCAGGGCCCCACAGCUUGGAGGUAGCUUCGCUGUAUGGGGAGGUCUGUUCUCCAUGAUUGACUGUGGUUUAGUCAAAGUGCGAGGGAAGGAAGACCCCUGGAACUCAAUAACAAGCGGGGCCAUGACAGGAGCUAUCCUGGCUGCAAGAAAUGGACCAGUAGCGAUGGUUGGCUCUGCAGCCAUGGGAGGUAUUCUGCUGGCGUUGAUAGAGGGCGCUGGAAUCCUACUUACUAGGUUUGCCUCUUCACAGUUCCCAACUGGUCCCCAGUUUGCAGAGGAAGCUGCCCCUGCUCCCAUGCCGAGCCCUGCUUUCGGGGACUACAGACAAUAUCAGUGAUAGGACCUCCCCCUCCCUUUAUCCACUAGUCCUUUUUGAAUUCCUUGCUGAAGUUACAAAGAAGAAAUUGAGGUGCAGAACACCCGACUUUAUGGACUGUGACAGAGACGUGAAGGACAAAAACACAUCUUCAUUUUCCUCCUCAACGCCAUGUACAGAUCUGCCUUUCGCCAUUCUCAGCCUUGUCAUGUGCAUCUGUUUCGCCUGUCACCUGUUAAAUACAGACAUGUGGUGGGUUGUUGGGGACGAGGUGUGCUGUUUUAUUUAGUUCACAUACAGUAUGUCCUGCAUGUAUCCUGACAGAUAAGCUCUUAUAGCACUGAAACAAACCCACAUGUCCCAAAUGGAUCCCAAUGAGUUAUAGAAGUAUGACACUCAUAUGUAUAUACAGUAAAGGAUUUCCUCCGGUGUUCAGUUAUGUCCUUGUUUGCUUACAGUGUCACAUGCUUGGGCUGGCCGACAACACAUAGCUAGCCUUUUAAUUUAGUUUUACUCAGUUUUGAAGGCAAACAAUAGAACAGAAACAAAGCCAUUCCUGGAAUAUCAGUUUCUUUUAAAGUGAUUUAUUUAUUUUAGUAGACUGUAAAGGGUCGUAUCAGAUUGUUCUAUUUUAUGUGACAGUGAUUUUACAUUCGACACAGGUGUGGAAGAGACUGCUGAUGACAAAGGAUGGCGCAGGUAGUUGAAAUGAAUGGAGAAACUCAAGCAAGGGAUUAAUGCAUUAAAUCUGUAUUACAGAUUGUGCUAUGGUACAAUAAAGAAAUUACUUGUAAAGUG